CUCACCCAGAUUUCGCUUUGGCCAUAGAGCGCGCUAAGUUACACCAAGGAUGCGCGAUGCGCACCCUCUCUUUAUCGUCUCUUCUUCUACAGAGUUGGCUUAGUUAAACUAGCAUACGCUUCUUAUAAAUUCCAAUCAUCAUCACUCCCAACACCUUUCGCUCUCUCCCACUCUCACCGCUCGUUUUCUCGGGAAAGCUCGAUUUAGUGAGAAAAUUGAUUUUCCGGGAAACACACUCGCGAAUCUCCGAUGUCUAUCGUUUGCUCGAUUGCUUCCGCGGUUUCGCUUUAAUUCAUGACGAUCGCCAGGAUGUGCUCCCCUAUGCGUACGUGGGAACGACCAAUGGAUCGUUGCUUCCGAAUUUUUCCAUGUCUCGCCGAUCCUGGUCGAAGGUCUUCGUUGUGCUUGAAGGUGGCCUUGGUGACGAUUCACCUCGUUUAUGCUGGCGUGCUCUUCUUGUUUGACGGGGAUUUGAUAGAAAAGACUAAGAAGGAACCGUGGUACACUGCUUUAUACUUACUGCUGUUCGUUGGUACUUUAAUUCAAUACUUUGCCACCUCACUUUCUUCGCCUGGCUACGUUCUUGAUGCCAUGAUGACUGUUCACGAUAGAAAUGUAGCAUACAAAAAGACACCAGAUACAUCCAGUCAAUCAGCUUCAAGCAAAAAUGGGAGUUUCGUUGUUUCCAUGGAGGAAAAUCUAUUAGGAAGCAGUACAAUAUCUUGGUCAAAGUUAGUGUCGGACUUGUAUCCUUUGGGAUCAUCAAUCAGAACAUGGACAUGCACCUAUUGCAAUGUGGAGCAGCCUCCACGAGCGAAGCAUUGUCAUGAUUGUGACAAGUGUGUUCUUCAAUUUGAUCAUCAUUGUGUUUGGCUUGGUAACUGCAUUGGACAGGGUAAUCACUGUAAAUUUUGGUGGUACCUUUUUGAAGAGACAGCUUUGUGCCUUUGGACUGGUGUCUUGUAUAUUUCAUACCUGAAAGAUCACAUUACACGGAUUUGGUGGCAGGAUGCGAUCUUGAUACUACUCUUGAUCACUCUGUCAGUUUGGCUCAUCUUUCUUCUCCUCCUACUGCUAUUUCAUAGUUAUCUUAUUUUAACAAAUCAAACUACCUUUGAACUUGUAAGGAGAAGACGGAUUCACUAUCUAAGGGGAAUUCCGGAAAGAGUGCAUCCAUUCAGUAGAGGAGUUCGAAAAAAUUUAUUCUACUUCUGCUGUACAAGGAGCGCCGUAUACAGAUUCGAACCAUUGCCUACAACUCAAGAAAUAGAGGAAAAAUCAAGGCCGUACACGUGCUCGGAUGCUUUAACAUGUCGAUGUUGCUAAUGAUUUUUGUAUAAGUAAAAGUCUUUUCGUCCAACAGUUUAAUUGGGAAAACUCAGAAGUAUGUCGAUGCGCGCCCGUCUGCGUAUAUGGAUAGGUGAUAUCUUUGGGCAGUUUGCUUUAUGAUUUAUCUUCUGUUAUUCAUUCUUUGCUUAAUUUUGGAGGUAGAGUUCCAAGUUUGAUGUACAGUUGCAGUGGUAGUGUGCUGUUUUUUUUUUUCUUGUUAGUUUGUAGACCUGGAUACCUAGCUAUUAUCAAACUGACUAUUGCUGUUGCCGUGGAACAUCAGAGAAAAUACAGUAUUCAUCUUAGUUGCAUGCACAGGGGGUGCGGCAUCCUUGAUUUCAUGGUGGGCUUUCGCUUCCCUCAACCUCAACACAUUUUCAAUACUCUUCUGAGUUCUGUUAUUUUUUUAUCCCCAAAUGCUUACUUUUAACCUUAUCUAGCCUCAUCCAUGGUUGCUAGAAUUCGCAGCAUGUUGCACUAUUCUCUUCAUUACAUUACAAGGUACAAAAUACUCCUCAGAUUGAAAACAAAGUCUUUAACACUUAACACUCUUCUGGAGCAUCUCUUGAAAUAUAUAUCGGGCUGCUAUUUCCAUUUCCA